CACGGUGGCUUAAAGAAUCGAUAUUGGGAGCUGGGGGCGGGGGCGGGGGCGGGGGCGCGGGCGCGGGCGAGAGCUUUGGAGGUUGCUCCUUGGAGGGAAUGGGAUACUUCGAGUUCCUUGGAGAAAUCUCAUCCUGUUCCGCCUAAUUUCGUUGAUUCCGGGAAAACCAGAAAGAUCGGUUUCUUAGAAUAAUUCCGCGAGUUUUACACGGGUUUCCUUUGUUUCGGGACAUGGAGCUCUGGUUUCCGGCUGUAACGGAGGAUUUGGAGCUUUUGAGGCCAGGUCGCAUUUUUAAGCGCCGGGAGCCAUAAACCGCUUCCAGUUGGAGAAUUAGUUCACGGGUUCUGGAUAAUCUCGAUUGUUUGUUAAGCUCCUCUAAGCUAAGGCUUAUAACGGUGGCUUCCAGGGUUCCGGUCUUGAACUGUUUGGUCGCAUUCCAGUUUCGAGUUGUUUCUGAGAGUUAUUUCAAUUGGAUGCUGUGGAUAGUCCCAGAAAAGUGAGAAUCCUUUUUCAAAUUUUUGAAGAUUGCCAUGCCACUGCUCGACUGAUGAAGCCUUGAAAAAUUGGUGGAGGGAGGAGCUGAUGGAAUCGGCUUCUGCUCUUUGAAUUAGGGUAACAAGAAUUCUGAAGCUUAGAUGUGAAAAGAAACAGACAAGAAGAACCUCCUUGUUCACUUCAAUGAGAGAGAGAUUAGCUAACCGGUAGUUAAGAUGGUCCCCUACGUGGCAAUUAUCACAGUGCUUGAUCUUUUUUUGAUAUUCUCGCCUAGCAAUUGGAUCAUUUCCAGGUUUCCUUUUAAUAGGAUAACAUUUAGGAUUGGAAGAACCAGUGACUUAAAUAAUUGAAUUCCUUGUACUCUUCUAGAAAUUUAGUCAUGGAUCACCUCUUUGUCUUUGCAUCAAUUCCCUUUCUUUGUCUCCUUCUAUGCCUUCCCUCUCUGACCAGUGCUGACUUGAAUUCUGAUAAGGAAGCCCUUCUUGCCUUUGCGGCUGCAAUCCCUCAUGGACACAAAUUAAAUUGGAGUUCUAAGAUCCCAAUCUGCUCUUCUUGGGUUGGGGUGACAUGUACACCAAAUCACUCCCGUGUACUUACCCUUCGUCUACCAGCGGUUGGGCUCAUAGGCCCAAUUCCUGCUAACACGCUUGGACAGCUUGAUGCCCUUAAAGUUUUGAGCCUCCGAUCCAACCGCCUUACUGUACAUCUUCCUCCAGAUGUUGCAUCACUUCCUUCGCUGCACUCUCUUUUCCUUCAGCACAACAAUUUAUCUGGAAUUAUACCUACUGCACUGUCUUCCAACCUCACCUUCCUUGACCUCUCCUAUAAUUCUUUCAUGGGGGAAAUUCCACUGACGAUUCAAAAUCUUACUCAACUUACUGCAUUGUAUGUUGAGAAUAACUCUCUUUCUGGACCCAUCCCUGACCUUCAACUUCCCAAGCUAAGGCAUUUGAAUCUGAGCUACAAUAAUCUCAGUGGUGAGAUACCGAUUUCUCUCCACAGAUUCCCAGUUGAGUCAUUUCUAGGAAAUCCUUUGCUAUGUGGUUCCCCUCUACCACAAUGCCCAGGAGUUGCUCCUUCACCAUCACCAAUGUCACCACCACCAGCAUUCCCCUCGAAGCCCAGAAAAAGCUUUUGGAAAAAAUUAGGUACAGGAGUCAUAAUUGCAAUUGCUGCUGGUGGAGGAACCCUGCUGUUUGUAUUGGCUAUUGUACUUCUGGUAUGCUUUUUGAAGAGGAGAGAUAAGGAGGGCAGCAUAGUGUCAAAGGGAAAGGGUCCUGCUGGUGGAAGGAGUGAAAAACCCAAAGAGGAGUACAGCAGUGGGGUUCAAGAAGCUGAGAAAAACAAGUUGGUUUUCUUUGAGGGCUGUUCAUAUAAUUUUGACCUCGAAGAUCUACUAAGAGCUUCUGCUGAAGUUCUUGGGAAGGGAAGUUAUGGGACUACAUAUAAAGCUGUUCUUGAAGAUGGUACGACGGUAGUGGUGAAAAGGUUGAAAGAGGUGGUUGUUGGGAAGAGAGAUUUUGAGCAGCAGAUGGAAAUAAUAGGAAGAGUCGGGCAGCACCCAAAUGUUGUGCCGCUUCGUGCUUAUUACUAUUCCAAGGAUGAGAAGCUUCUUGUUUAUGACUAUGUUCCCUCUGGCAGCUUCUCCACCCUCUUGCAUGGAAACAAGGGUGCUGGAAGAACUCCAUUGGACUGGGACUCCCGGGUAAAGAUCUCAGUAGGAGCUGCACGUGGCAUAGCACAUAUACACACUGAAGGAGGUGGAAAGUUCACCCAUGGCAAUAUCAAAGCUUCUAAUGUCCUCCUCACCCAGGACCGUGAAGCUUGCGUAUCUGACUUUGGCCUUGCUCCCCUUAUGAACAUCCAUGCAACUCCCUCCCGAAUUGUGGUGGGCUACCGUGCACCCGAAGUCAUCGAGACUCGAAAAUCCACUCAGAAAUCUGAUGUCUACAGCUUUGGCGUCCUACUCCUUGAGAUGCUCACCGGAAAAGCUCCGCUUCAAUCUCCAGGACGUGAUGAUGUUGUGGAUCUACCAAGAUGGGUGCAGUCUGUUGUCCGGGAAGAGUGGACUGCAGAAGUUUUUGAUGUGGAGCUGAUGAGGUAUCAGAACAUCGAGGAAGAGAUGGUUCAGAUGCUUCAGAUUGCAAUGGCAUGUGUUGCAAGGGCUCCAGAUCAACGUCCCAGAAUGGAGGAAGUGAUUAGAAUGAUCGAGGAGGUCCGGCACUCUGACUCGGGGAACCGGCCAUCAUCAGAGAAGUCCAAGGACUCAAAUGCUCAAACACCAUGAGGGGGCCUGAAAAAAAAAAAAAAACAGGCUUAGCUGUUCAGAAAUUAGUUUCUGGAAGGAAUCUGACUCAGUGAGUUCUAUUUGUUGUGCAGCAUGGUAGCAUGGGGAAGCCUGCGUCAAAGGGCAUUCAGAUCCUUGCAUGUAUUCUAUGUGUCAAAUUUGAUGAUUGUUGUAGUGACUGGCAUUCAUUUUUCCACAAUUUGAUUGGUGAUUUUUCUUUAUUCUA